AUGAAUAAGGUGAAUAAAGUGAAUAAUUGUGACGACAGUUCAAAUCUACCACAUUUAUUGAGAUGGAAAGGCUCUGUUAUCCCAAAUGUUAUAGUACAGACCUUGAUUGUGACCGCUUUCUCGGCUGUCGUGACGGCGGUAUUUAUAAAAACUAAUAUUAAGCCUGGGAUUCCACAAACAUUUAUUCCUGUGCUUGGUUUCGUCGUUGGUCUUUUGCUUACCUACAGGACAAAUACAGCUUAUGAUAG